CUCGCUCGGGCAUCUCCAGGGUUCGGGCUGAAAGCGCCGCUCGCAUCCACCAACACCUCCAUCACUGGCGCUGCCAACUUCGGCACGACACGAGUCUCGCGAGACAGCACGCGCACACCGGAGAACAUGCACGCGGACUUUUGUGCCACGGCAGAAGGUGCUGAAUGAAGAGCGCGCGCGCGCAUCCGAGCAAAACAAGGACGAGCGCAGAAGCUUCGGGAGCGGUGAGCAGGAGACGCGGCGCGGCGCGGCGCGGCACGGCAUCAUCCCCGACUCACUGAACACCUGGCUAUACUCAAAAGAUCUCAUUAGACUGUGAUGAGCAUCAUCAUCUUCCGCAGACUCGAGACAGUGCCACAUUGGCUCUGAAAGGAAGUGAUGUCGCGUCACCACCACCGGUUUGAGAGGGACUACCGGGGCGCGUGGGAGCGUCGCGACCGGCCUGCACCCCUCCACAACGGAGUGACCAGUAAUGCCUGCACCCCCACUGGUCCUACACUUGCUAAUGGAAACAACCGGCCUGGCCUCCUUCCUCUUCCUGUUAUCCCCUCCCUCCUGCCCACGCCAGUCACCAUCGCUGUAACGACAAGCAGUAACGAGCUGGGCAUCAAACGUGCAGGGGCGCCGGUUUCAGCUUCCACUGUGAAGCCUACAGGCCUUUCUCCUGGCGAGAAUCAGACUCCUGCGCUGCUCUUGGCUCCGGGGUUGAGGUGGGGCCAAACACCCAUCAACCAGUCCACGCCAUGGGACACAGACGAGCCUCCAGUCAAACAGCACCGAGAGAACGACACCACUGGGCCUCCAUGGGUGCCUCCGGUGGUUGCAGUGAGUCAGCCGAGUCUCUUAGCUCACUCGUAUGCCCUGCCUCAGCCUCCUGCCUACAGCCAGGGAGCUUCUGUCCAGUCGCCUGUCAUUGGCGUAACACCUGCCAUCCAGACCCCAGUUCCUCCUCACCACCCGCUCAUGAGUGCGCACUUCCAAGUUCCUCCACACUCGUCCCAGCCACCCGGCAGCCUGGUGCUCAGCCUGCAGAACCAGUCACCUUACAGCACCAACCAGCCGCCCAUCACCGCCUCGCCCAUGCCAUCCGGAGGACACAGCAUAGUGGGCAACGGGCACCUGACUCACCCACUCAUGCAGCUGCCUGCUCUACCUUCCUCUGCACUGCCACUGACCAACGGGCAGCCUUCACCCGCAUCAGCCAAUCAGGAGGGCCCGAAUGGGCUGCAGAUGCUACGUACGGUGGGCAUGGGGAAGUACGAGUUCACAGAUCCUGGGCAUCCUAAAGAGAUGUUGAAGGAGCUGAACCAGCAACGCAGAGAGAAAGAAUUUACAGACCUGAAAAUUGUAGUUGAAGGCAAAGAGUUUGAAGUCCACCAAAAUGUUCUAGCUUCCUGCAGCUUGUAUUUCAAGGACCUGGUGAAAAGGUCCCUCGGGGAGAUGGGCGGUGGAGAGAAGCUGGAGCUGCAGAUGACCAACAUCAGCGCUGACGUGCUGGAGAUGCUCCUGGAGUUUGUGUACACCGGCUCACUCGUCAUCGACUCGGCCAACGCCAAAACCCUGCUGGAGGCCGCCAACAAAUUCCAGUUCAACACAUUCUGCAAAGUUUGUGUGUCGUUCUUAGAGAAGCAGCUGACAGCAGGGAACUGCCUCGGGGUCCUGGCCAUGGCUGAAGCGAUGUGUUGCACAGAGCUGCACAACAUGGCCAAGGCAUUUGCCCUGCAGAACUUCCCAGACGUGGCUAGCCAGGACGAGAUCCUCAGCAUCUCUAAAGAAGACCUGAUCAGCUACCUGUCCAACGAUAGCCUCAACACCAAGGCUGAGGAGCUCGUCUAUGAGACGGUCAUCAAAUGGAUCAAGAUGGAUCCGACCAACCGAGUACAGCACAUAUCGGAGUUGCUGGCAGUAGUGCGACUACCAUUUAUCCACCCAAGCUACCUGCUGAACGUGGUGGACAAUGAGGAGCUGAUCAAGUCGUCCGAGGCCUGCCGGGACCUAGUGAACGAGGCUAAGCGCUACCACAUGCUCCCUCACGCACGCCAGGAGAUGCAAACUCCCCGCACCCGGCCAAGACUGUCGGCAGGAGUUGCAGAGGUGAUCGUGUUGGUCGGAGGGCGGCAGGCCAUCGGCAUGAACCAGCGCUCUCUCACUGCAGUCACCUGCUUCAACCCCCAGAACAGCAAGUGGUAUCCGCUCGCUAGCUUGCCUUUCUACGAUCGCGAGUUCUUCAGUGUUAUUUCAGCAGGGGACAACAUUUAUCUGUCAGGUGGAACCGAGUCCGGGGUGACGGUGGCAGAUGUGUGGUGCUACAUGUCACUACUGGAUAACUGGAACCUGGUGUCACGCAUGACUGUGGCACGAUGCAGACACAAUAGCCUGGUGUAUGAUGGGAAACUCUACACUAUCGGAGGACUCGGCAUGGCUGGGAAUUUGGAUCAUGUAGAAAGGUAUGACACCAUCACUAACCAGUGGGAGACGGUGUCUCCACUGCCCAAACCAGUGCACUCAGCAGCAGCGACAGUUUGUGGAGGGAAGAUCUACGUGUUCGGAGGGGUGAACGAGGCCGGACGAUCAGCCGGGGUCUUACAGUCCUAUGUACCUCAAACCAACACCUGGAGCUUCAUCGAGUCCCCGAUGAUUGAUAACAAAUACGCCCCUGCUGUGAGCCUCAACGGCUUCAUUUUCAUUCUCGGAGGAGCGUACGCCAGAGCCACCACCAUCUACGACCCGGAUAAGGGCAAUAUCAAAGCUGGGCCCAACAUGAACCAUUCCAGGCAGUUCUGCAGUGCUGUUGUCCUGGAUGGGAAAAUAUACACCACAGGAGGCAUCGUGAGCAGUGAGGGACCGGCGCUAGGCAACAUGGAGACCUUUGACCCCAGCACGAAUACGUGGACUCUCCUGCAGAACCUGCCAUGCCCGCUCUUCAGACACGGCUGUGUGGUGAUCAAAAAGUACAUCCAGAGCGGCUGACAACUAGCGCGCACAGCCACACUCCUCAAUGCACUGCAGGGAUCCGAGUCAAAGGACUACUCCCCAAACUCCAGCGGCUCUCCUGGGUGGAAUGGAGCAGAACCCCACUGCUCGAAAAGUCCACAAUCUGGAAGGGAAAUGUAGAGUAGCGAACCCUCAUUCACGGCUCUCGCGCCACGCCAUAUGAGUAAUAAGCAAGCAUUUUGGCAACUAACUACAAAAACUUUUCAUUGACAUUUAUAGUUUACUUUUUUUUUGUGCAUAUUCCUUUGGUGUUUUUCGCCCUUCCAAUAACUCUGUCCAUAGUAGCCCCACAACAUCCCCCCCCCAUGAAGCUUAUGAAGAGAUGCUGAAAUCAGAGCCAUGGCUCAUCACAUCUACCCAACAAGAGUUACAAGAGGAAUUAAGGAUAAGAUUCCAGGGUGUGUCAGGAGAAAGUAAUGUAAUGGUUCGACUUGAGGGUACCUCAGUGAAGCCUGCAUCUCCACAAGACAGCAUUCACAGGUAUAAGGUAGCACCAAGUGUCCAAGAAUAAGACUGAUGGAUUUGUUUUUCUCCCAAACACAGCCAAAGCACAAUCUACUUCUGAUCUUGAGGAAGACGUUGUACAUUUUGUUCCUCCAUUAAUCUGAAUCCAGCUGAAACAGGCUGUGGAUGGAGGAGUUUGGGGGGCUGAGGGUCCUGUAUCAUAGGGAAGGAAAUAUGUAUAUUUUAAAACUGAAGGUAAUUCUGUAUAAAUGUUUUAAGAAACUUCAAUAGGUUGGAAAAAAAAAAAAGAUUGUAAAUCUGUACCCAAAAAGGCUCAUUUACAUGUUAUUAAUGAUGAAACAUAAAACAGAUUGAAAAUUA